AUGCUGGGUGAACUGCUGUCUUAUGCUGACCUUCGUAUUAGNUGCUUCGCCAGCGCCAUCAUCGCCGUCUUCCUCGGUAACUACCUCGGGCGUAGACAAAUGAUCAUGCUUGGCUUGAUCCUCAUGGCAAUUGGCAAGGUGAUUCAAGCCUCAUCCUACUCAUAUGGCCAAUUGGUUGCUGGAAGGUUCAUUGCUGGUUUCGGCAAUGGCUUCAACACUGCUGCCGUGCCAGCCUGGCAAGCAGAAUCGACUCGUGCACAUCGUCGCGGCACCAUGCUCAUGGUCUCAUCUGGAGCUUGUAUUGCCUUUGGUGUUGCUGUGGCCUAUUGGGUCGACUUUGCCUUUGCAUGGCUUGCUCCAAGCUCGGCCUCGUGGAGAGUAGCCACUGCAUUCCAGGUUGUACCCGCAAUGCUGGCAUUCAUGCUCAUCAUCUUUCUUCCUGAAUCUCCUCGAUGGCUCAUCCUUACUGGCAGAGAAGAGGGAGCCUUGACCGUUUUGUCGGCACUUUCGGACGCAGCUCCAGAUGAUGAUGAAGUUCGCCAGGAGUUCCUCCAAAUCAAGGAUGCAAUCCUUGAGAUGGCCCGUGGUGGCUUCUCGUCUGCCUUCUCAAUGAAUGAGUAUAGGUAUUUGCAUCGCACCAUACUUGCAUUCAUGCUGCAGGUCAUGCAACAGUGGACGGGCAUCAACCUCUUCACUCAAUAUCUCGCUCUCAUUUUCAACACACAAACAGAUUACAAGCCAUGGGUGGCGAGGCUGCUCGCAGGUUGUAGUGCAACCGAAUUGUUCCUGGCUUCUUUCGUCACCGUCAUUGGCAUCGACCGAUUCUGGGGCAGACGUGCUCUGUCUAUGUUCGGUGCUGUUGGCAUGUCAGUCUCGCUCAUCAUUCUCACAAUCAUGAGCUACCUCGACUCAAGCUCCGCCCACAUUGUCAUGGUCGUCUUCAUCUUCGUCUACAACACCUUCUUUGCCAUCGGAUGGCAAGGCAUGUCAUGGCUAUGGGCCGUCGAGUUGACACCUCUGGCUAUCAGAGGGCCUGCCAAUGCCGUGUCGACUGCUGGCAACUGGCUUAGCAACUUCGUUGUCGUGCUCAUCGCACCCAUCGCCUUCCAUCACAUUGGUUACCGAACGUACAUCAUCUUCGCAGUGAUCAACGCUGUUCUCGUACCAGUCAUAUAUUUCUUUUAUCCCGAGACUGGAUGCCGUUGUCUCGAAGAGGUUGAUGUCUUGUUUCAUCAAGCAUCUCAGACCUCGAGUCCUUGGACCAGUGUGGUCAAAGUUGCUAACAAGGAACCUCUCUGGUAUGGCAAAGGUGGAGAGAACACCUUCUCAUAUGAGCAAAGUGACUGGCACCAGCAUCUUGCCGAGACCCAAAGAAGCUCUGGUGAACAAGGAGCCUCUUCAUCCAAUGGCAGUCCGCCUGGUAUGGAAGAGAAGCAGGAAGUAUAG